GUCAGCCGCAAAUUGGAGCGGUUUUUCAGACUCUGGCUCCUCAAGAUCAAGCAAAGAUGACCCGUUUUUUGCGCAAGAUGAUGGAAGUUUUCCUCACACUCUUCCAAAACCGGCAGCGAGACAGACUCGAUGCUAGAGAGAACUCUUACCUCCUCCGCGAUCUGCCUCAAAUUCGGCUUAUCUUGCAAGCGAGCGAGGAAUCCGAUGCGCAACUCUUGACUGCUCUGAUCGACCACUGGAUCUCUCUUAUCCACGCCUUUUCCAACGCUCGGAGAUCCCAGAGAGUUCAAGACCUGUUGGACCAAAUGAAGAACCCACCCGCCCGCUCGGCUCGGCGUGCCCCCUCAGAAUGCCCAAUCUGCAUGGAAAUCCUCUCCAACAUCAGACACAGCAAUGUUCGAGCACCUUGCCACCUUACCCAUGUCUUCCAUCGAAACUGCCUUCAAGAAUGGUUGGAAGGCGAACUCAACUGUCCGAUGUGCAGAGCCCCAUUUGCUCUUCCUCGUAGACGCCGACAGCAAACCCAUGUCAGAUUGGGCAGACACCGCAGAGCUUUUGAUUUGUUGGUCUUGCUUUGUUGGGGCGUCUGA